AAAAAAAAAAAAACGAACGAAUGAACGAACGAACGAGCAAACUUCCGCAUUCCACUGCAUUGCGAACGAAUAAGUGAACAAACGAUCACUUGCCAAUGUUUUAAAUCUGAAAAAGCAAAACUUGAUAUUAUAUCAGAAUGAUGUCUAAUCUUUGUCGCAAAAUUUUAAAAUAUCUUGGAAUGUAUUCAUGGCUUUGUAAGUGUAAAGGUAAUCUAGUUAGCAUCCAAAUCCCUUUUUCUGAUUUAGUAGCAGAAAUGGUACAUAUAGAAAGGUUAACAACUCAAGAAAGAUUGCAUUUAGCUCGUCUCAAAAGACUUCAGCAAUUAAAAGUAUGGCGUCAACGUGAAAAAGAAUGGAUGCGACAUCAAACCAGACAUACAAGUAAUAAACGUCAUAUAUAUUUUAGCGAUAGUGUAAUGCUUUUAGAAGCUGCAGCAAGAAAUGAUAUUGAUGAAGUGAGACGACUUCUAAAAAAAGGAGUAAAUCCAGAUUCAACAAAUGAAGAUGGAUUGACAGCUUUACAUCAAUGUUGUAUAGAUGAUAAUGAAGAAAUGAUGAAAUUAUUAAUUGAAUUUGGAGCAAAUGUUAAUGCAGAAGAUAGUGAAAAAUGGACACCAUUACAUGCUGCUGCUACUUGUGGUCACUUACAUUUAGUUAAAAAUCUCAUUGUUAGAGGUGCUAAUUUAUUAGCUGUUAAUGCAGAUGGUAAUAUGCCUUAUGAUAUUUGUGAAGAUGAAAAAACAUUAGAUUGUAUAGAAGGUGAAAUGGCAAGACGAGGUGUUACUCAAGAAUUAAUAGAUGAAACUAGAGCUUCAAUUGAAGUUCAAAUGUUAAGAGAUUUACAAAAUAUAACUUCUAUAGGUGGUGAUUUAGAAUAUAAGGAUCAUCAAGGUGCUACACCUCUACAUAUUGCAGCUGCAAAUGGUUAUUUAAGAGUAGUUGAAUUUCUUCUAGAUCAACAUGUUUCAACUGAUGUUGAAGAUAAUGAUAAGUGGCAACCAGUUCAUGCAGCUGCUUGCUGGGGUCAUUUAGAAGUUCUUGAGUUAUUAGUACAAAAUGGAGCUGAUUUAAAUGCGAAAAAUAAACAUGAUGAAACUCCAGCUGAUAUUUGCGAAGAUUCAGAAAUUAAAGAAAGAAUAGUAGAACUUAAAACGGAACAAGAAAGUAAACGAUUACGUGAAGCACAGGGAAGACGAGUACGCAGAUCUCAAAGUAUAAAUACGCGUACUCAAAGCGUAAGAAGAACUUCAAUAAGAGAUAAAGUUUUAACUACGAAAAAAGAUGCUCAAGAAGAAGCUCGACUUAGAUUACAAGCACAACAGACAUAUGGUGGUUCCACUACUAAUGUUCCACAAUCAGAAAAUGAAGCUAAUAUACGAGAAAAUAUAACCAGUGAAACAGAUAAUAAUGCACCACCAACUGCUGUACGCAAAGCACCUGAGGGAAAGGAUAAUGAAUCUUUCCUUCAUGAAGACGUCGAUAAAGAAUCAGUGACAGGGUCCGACCUACCGGUCGGUAAUCAGCAGCAGAUCUACGCAUCAGAUGGUGACACCAACGGCAAGAUCAACAUACACGUCUCGGUAGUUUUUGUCAAAUCAUUAUCGGAUUUGAAGAAACAAAGAGCACAAAAUCGGCAUAUAUCUGCUGGAUCGAUAGAUGCCAAUGGAAAUGGUAUUCCUGUGUCGCCUAUUUGCAGUUCAGAACUCAAUACUGGCAGAGAUUUUCAACGAUUCACCGGAAAUACUAGUGAUAUUGUCGGUGAUAAUCAUUCCGAAAAAAGUUGUUGCGCUGUCAUGUAAUUCUUUUUUUUCUUUUUCAUCAUUUUUCUUUACAAUUCAUUUAAUUUCAUUUAAUCUUAUUCUGUAUAAUUUUAAUAUGUUUGUCAGCAUAUACUCGAAACUAUGUAUUUCUAUCAUAGAAAAUCGUAAACAUACAUACAUAAUAAUUGUAUCAAAGAAAUGAGAUUUCGAUUUUAAAAAUUAUGAAUUAACAUUUUCAUCUUAUCUUUUAAAUAUUAUAUAUUCUUAAACUUUAAACAAUUCUAUUGGUGGUUUACAUACGAUUGCAAAAGAAUAUCGUAUAGGAUCUUGAUCUUAAUGAUAUGCUUACGAAUUCGAGAUACGAGAUUAUAUAGAUUUCUAAUAUGUAUUGUACUUAUAAGCGAAUAUUUAAAUAAUUAUUAUAAGAAGUAAUUUUAAUUAAAUUUAUAAGUUUUUUUGAAUAUGUACAGAAUUCUAUUUAUUACAGUAUAAAAAUAAUGUAUAUUUCAAUAAUUUUUAAAUUGUAAAUUACGUAAAAAAAAACACAUUUUUGCAAAUAGUAUGUAUGAUAUCGUAUAGAAUAUUUCUCGUGUUUUUUAUAAAGAUUAUAAUUAUAAAUAAUAUUUUUUAUAUUCAUUUAGA